GUGGUGAAGGAACUGGGAAGAUGUAAUCACAAGCAGAUCUACUGCCCUGAUAUCCCGAAAAUCUCUGUAAGAAUUCUAUAGGAAACUUCAUGUUAUCACUAAAUUAUAAAGCAGGUGAUGAAGACAUCAUGCAGCGCUUUUCAGGAGAUAACCUUAAUGUAGAUUCAGGACUUCACAGCACAAAUAAUCAUGAGGAACUUUCUCCUGACCAGUCACAUAUUGUUACCAUAAAUAUAGGACAAAGAGGAGGUAAAAGAUUUGUACGUGCUAAAGAGUUCACAAAAAGAUCAAGACUUUCUGCAAACAGAAGAACUCGCACAGGAGAGACGCCAUACUCCUGUUCAGAAUGUGGGAAGUGCUUCACAAAGAAAACACAUCUUAUUACACAUGAGAAAAUUCACCCAGAAGAGAAGCCAUGUUCAGAAUGUGGGAAAUGUUUUACAGAUAAAUCAAGUCUUGUUGAUCAUAAGAGACGUCACAUAGGAGAGAAGCUAAAUUCAUGUUCAAAAUGUGAGAAAUGUUUUACACGGAAAUCAGGUCUUGUUAGACAUGAGAAAAGUCACUCAGGAGAGAAGCCAUAUUCAUGUUCAGAAUGUGGGAAAUUUCUUACAGACAAAUCAAGUCUUGUUAAACAUAAAAGAAUUCAUACAGGAGAGAAGCCGUAUUUGUGUUCAGAAUGUGGAAAAUGUUUUGCAGAUAAAUCAAGUCUUCGUAGACACGAGAGACGCCACAGAGGAGAGAAGCCAUAUUCAUGUUCAGAAUGUGGGAAAUGUUUUAAAAAUAAAUCAAGUAUUGCUAGACAUGAGAAACAUCACACAGGAGAAAUGCCGUUUUUCAUGUUCAGUAUGUGGUAAAUGUUUUACAGAGAAAUCAACUCUUGUUACCCAUGAGAGAAGACACACACACAGAAGCCUUAUUCGUGUUCGGAAUGUGGAAAAUGUUUUACAGAUAAGUCAAGUCUUGUUUCCCAUGAGAGAAGUCACUCAGAGAAGCCAUAUUCUUGUUCAGAAUGUGGGAAAUAGUUUACAGAUAAAUCCCAUUUUGUGAGACAUGAGAGAAGUCACACUGGAGAGAAACCAUAUUCAUGUUCAGAAUGUCGGAAAUGUUUUUCAGAUAAAUCAAGUCUUGUUAUACAUGAGAGACUUCACACUGGAGAGA